AUGUCGCUUUCGGAAGAGUUUUGUCCACGCCUUGUCGACUACAUUGUUCUCGUCGGAACACAUUCAUCCAAUCGGACCAGUUAUUCUGUGCAAAAUCCCGUCAUACUGAAUCGGUUUCCCCCUAUUGAUCAUGACGACUUCGUUCUUCCUCCUGAUGUUGCUCUUUUCUGCCAGCCAGAUGGUUGUUAUAACUCUUGCGGACCGCAUCAACCCAAACCACUCCAUCACUCCCUACCAGGGCGCUCCCCAGUAUCGUUUGUUUUUACCAUAACCGAUAAGGAGUCCAGCAAGACAAGGUAUGGAAUAUGUCUGAAUUUCAUGAGACCUAUUCGUCGUCGAUAUGGAAGUAGAAAACAAAGUGGCUCACUUGCUGAGGAUCGACAGAAAAUAAAAUCUCUGAAACCGACGUCAGUUGCUGACACCAAUCCGUCGAACAGGUUUAGUUUUGAAGAAGGACCAAAAAUAAUCACCGUAAAUGAUAAUUCUCGAGGGACAGGCACAAGUCGUUUGCGCACUCAUACAUUGACUUCAUUGUGCAUCCUCACCCACCACCCAUUCUUCUCAAAGUUUCGUGCGUUGCUGGAAUUCCUACACAAGUUGAUCCAGAAAAUGCACGAGCGUAGCCGCUCUAAGGCUCCUGAAGGGUGA